AUGCUGAAGGAGCUCCAGCUCUCCCUGUCGGUCUUUCUACUGCUUGCUUGUGGCUUCCUCUACCAGCUGACCCUGAAGUCCAGCUGCCUCUUCUCCUGCAUGCCAACCUACAAAUCCCAGCAGGGCCCGGAAGCCCUCCUGAACCAGCAUCACAGCAUAGUGUUCCUGGAGACCUCUGAGAGAAUGGAGCCACCUCCCCUUGUUUCCUGUGCUGUGGAAUCAGCUGCCAGGAUUUAUCCUGAGAAGCCUGUGGUGUUUUUUAUGAAGGCCCUCAACAAUUCCACACAAAUUCCCCCAAAUGCCACUUACCCAGCCUUUUCCCUUCUCUCAACAAUAGAUAAUGUUUACCUCUUCCCUUUGGAUAUGAAAAAGCUAUUUGAGGACACACCACUGUUUUCAUGGUACACUCAACACAAGCAGCAUGAUAUAAAGCAAGCAGAAGAUGGUUAA